AAACACCGAUCGCUGUACGGGACCUCUGUGUGAGGUCCCGAUCAUGUGAUCACUGAUUGGCCAAUCAGUGAUCACAUGAUCGAGACCACUCACACAAAGGUCCCAUACAGCGAUCGGUGUUGCACUGUUCUUCCGGGCACAGCGGGCACCGGAUCGCGAUGCCGCACACUCCAAGGGAGUGCGCACAAUCCAAAAUGGCGGCGCCGUUUAUGAACAGAAACCCACCCCUGCACUGCCACCGUCAGGCCGUUUAUAUACAUGGAC